GCUGUCUGGACGUUUCACAUUCCCGUCCAGGACAGUUACAAGAGUUUUGUGGCUCGGAUUCACAUGGCGCAUUUACAAAUUCAAGAAAAGAGCACUGAAGUGGCAAAACUUUGAACGGAUAUGACUCUGAGAGCCGGAAUCGACUAAUGCAAGAGCUCCUUGCUUGGGAAGUGAACUGGGGUGACCAAAAGACGUGUCAACCGAAAAAUCGAGGUAGAUGAACACCAUGGCUGCCUUGCUGUAUCUAAGCGUGUCCCUGCUGCUGGAACCAGUGGUUGCUGGUGGGGUGAAGAACUGCCAUCCUCAGUGCCGCUGUGAGGUUGAGAGUUUUGGCCUGUUUGAUAGCUUCAGCCUGACGAAAGUGGACUGCAGCCGCAUGGGGCCUGGAACAGCCCCAGUGCCCAUCCCCUUAGAUACCUCUUACCUGGACCUGUCAUUCAACUCCAUUGGCUCCAUCACGGACUCCAUGCUCUCGGGUCCUGGCUACACCACUUUAGUCAGCCUGGACCUCAGCAAUAACGACAUCUCGCGAGUGAGCUCCCAUGCUUUCUCCAAGCUGCGCUAUCUCGAGACCCUUGACCUCAGUCACAACUCCCUGGACAGCCUUCCUAAUGGCUGUUUUUCAGGCCUCCCCCUGGUAGAGGUGGAUCUUGGUGACAACAGCUUUCAGGAGUUCAACCUAGACAUGUUCACCACCAGAGGCCAGGAAACGCCCAUCAGCGUUGACUUGUCCAAUAACAUGUUGACUGUUGUCACCAGGAACUCGCAGAGUCAACACCUGUACAUAAAGACCCUAGUCCUAGCCAGUAACAGGCUAACGACGGUGCCAGAUCUUGCAGGCAUUCCCUUGCAAUACCUGAACCUCGACGGGAAUCCAAUUUCACAAAUCGAGGAAGGGGCUUUCGAGGACAUGAAAGACUUGGUUUAUCUGUCCCUCAGCAGCAUUCCACAGCUGUCAAUCAUCCAGCCUUACAGUUUCAGGGGCCUGAGGAGCCUACAGGUUCUGGACCUGUCAAAUAACAGCCAGCUCAAGUCGCUGAGUCCAGAUGUGUUCGCCGGACUCCUCUCCUUACAGGAGCUCAAUCUGUCCAAGUCCGCCAUUACGCCGUUGCCCAAUACUGUUCUGAAUCACAUGCCAAACAUUAAGAGUAUAACUCUGGGGCCAAACAUGCAUUGCUGGAAAACACACAAACAAGGGCAGUUCCACAGACAAAUAGGCGAAGCCAAAGUCAACGACAUCCUUACCUGUAGUGUUGCAGGUCUCAUUUUGUGAUAACCCAGUGGCCUUAGCAGACUAAUGCUCAGUUUCUCAUCUCUAGUGCCUUAUUUACCUUAAGCCAAUGAUUUUUGUAUUCCUACCAAACUUGAUAUAUUUUUUUUAUGAAAUGUUGUUUCUUUUACUUUCUGAAAAGAUGGCAUGUUUUUUGCACACAUUAUUACAAAGUAAUGUCCAUGAGUCAAUCCAUGUACAUAUACAUUGUAUGCAUUAUAUGUCUAUGGUACAUAAUGCAUUAUAUGCCUAUGGUACACUUUAUCAACAGUUCAGUAUUCAUUUUUCACUCAUUUUUCACUUCAAUAUUCAUAUGUAUCAGGUGUCCAACAAACACCACUAUACUAUUCUGUGUUCACACUAACAUUUUUUUUGCUGCUGUAGUGUGUGUGUGUGUGUGUGUGUGUGUGUGUGUGUGUGUGUGCGCGUGCCCGCCAAAUAUCACAGAUGCACCCUUUUCCUCAUAGCAACUCUAGUAACACAAUAUAUUAGCAGAAAAUCAAGACCUCUGCUGUGAAGCUUCGGGCUUAAUAACUUUUUAAAAAAAAAAAAAGAUAAUUGGAUGAAUUUAUUAGUUUCAGUUGGGUUUCAUGACAACACAUUCCAUGCACACAUUACACAUUAUAUUUCAAUCAAACAGAAUCUGUAUCUUUCCGUGUGAAUGUCCCUGAGUGACAAAAAAUUAAACUUUCUGUGUCUAACUGGUCUCAGAAUGUUGACCAGGAGUCCAUGUGGUAUUUUAGCGCACUUUCUGAAAAAGUUAAUAUUUUUUUUUAAUAACAUGAAGCAUUUUGAGAAUGAGUUUUGUCUAUGCUGUAUAGUGUUUUGUAUGACUUUGUAGACAAACUGUACUGUACGUUAGAGAAUAAAUGACCAUUCUCAGA